CUUUUCCCUUCUUGCACAUUCUCGUGCUAUAAAUGCGUCUGCUAUUUCACGACCACGCAGUCUCUUCUUUUUCAGCUCCUAUUACAACUCAAAAUUGACAAGGAAUUAUUCACAGAUUUGCUACACACGUGUUGAUCUGUUACGCAGUGAUGAAGAAUUGUCUCUCUCGAAUUGUCUCUUGGGUUUCUACAGAACUCAUUAUUUCUGAAUCUGGGUUUCUCUUUUCGGUGAUGAAGAAUGUCGCUAUGGCUCUCCUCACUUGCAUUUUUGCUUUAGGUGGAGCUACAGUUGGAGCAAUCACCGGAGGACUCAAAGGACAGACUACAGAAACUGGUUUUUCACGUGGGGUGGGUGUGGGUACGGUGGCGGGGGCCAUCACCGGCGUUCAAUUGAUGGAACUCAUAGUUAACGGAGAGCCAUUUUCUAAGGUUGCAUUAAUAUGUAGUCUAGUGAACGGGAAGAUAUUUAUGGAAUGGGUGAGUCCUGCGGUGCUCAAAGCUUAUCAGUGGCAGAUUAGCACUAUGGAAACAAGUUUGAGGGAGAUUUCAGACAUUUUUGAUGUCAAUACUACUAGAGGAUUAUCUCAAGAUAUAAUUCAGAAGCUGCCAAUUUACGAAUUCUAUUCCCCAAGGACGACAUCUUGCCACGAUACAAAUUGUACAAUUUGCUUACGGGACUUUAAGAACGGAGAAUCUGCAAAGAUGCUGCCAACAUGUAGACAUUUCUUUCAUGUCCACUGCAUAGAUGAAUGGCUUCUCCGGCAGGGCACAUGCCCAAUGUGUAGAAGAGAUAUCUGAAUGCAAUUGGAUGACGAGGAGAAAACUGACUGUGCAAGAAGAAAUAGGAAUUUGGUCCAAGAAAUGUUGAACCUCCAAAUCUAAACGAAAGUAUCCCAGUAAUUCUUCUAUCCUCAACAUCGUUAGGGAUGAACUUUGAAUCGACAAACGUACUUUGAUGUCUCAUCUCUUCUGUAGGAGAGAUUCUAUCCCUAAACGACUAAUCAUCAUUGUACAAGUGAAGUGGUAUUUCACUAUUUUCUCAUGUCAAUACUAAUAUAAUGUUCUCUUAAAGACCGUCUCUCUGUUAUAAUCAAAGUUACUGCUGUUGUGUUUGUAAAUUAA